CCUACAAUUUUUAAAUAUUUAUGAAACCUGGAAAUCAAGAUUUCACCUGGUUUUAUCCUCUUGUGCCACUAUCUUCUUAGUUUAUCAUAUCAACCUUACAUUAUACCAUACCUGUAUAAUACAACAAACUCUGUAAAUUGCACAUUCAUAAUAUCCAGAUUCAUAUUCAUUCCUCACUCAUAAUUAGUCCAAAAUGGUUAUCAGAAACAGUGAUUCACAUUCAAGCCUAUCUUUUUUCAAACGUACUAAUCCCAAGACACUAAAUAACAAUACCACUGGUUCAUUCAAAGAAAAGGGUGGAGGGAAUUCUUUUAUUAAACGGGGGUUUUCUGCUGUCAACCAAUUUAAAAAUGAUACAUCAUUGGCAAAUGAUUUCCAAAAGGACACAAAAUCCACAAAUAAUUUCAAUAAAAAGUUGGAUGCUUCUAAAAAUGCUAAUGAAAAUAUUAAAAAUCACACUAAUAAAGAUGGGCCACUCACAAAAGCCAAUAUAUUUGUGUUGGAUGGGACAAUGUUUGAACCCCUUAUAGCAAAACACGCAAAUGGUAAAGAUUUGUUUGACAUGGUGUGCGAUCAUUUGAAUUUAUUAGAAAAGGACUAUUUUGGCCUCUCAUACAGGGAUGUGGCCGAGAUCAAAGUUAAAUACUGGUUGAACCCGGACAAAAAGAUUCGAAAACAAGUCAAACCCGGUCCAUGGGUUUUUGCCUUCGAAAUCAAAUUCUACCCCAUAGAACCUUCCCAACUUCAAGAGGAUAUAACUCGAUAUUACCUCUGCUUACAAGUCAGAAACGACGUUCUAACUGGAAAAUUACCUUGCAGUUUCGUUACCUACGCCUUACUGGGCUCCUAUCUGGUUCAGUCCGAGCUAGGCGAUUACGAUCCCGACGAGCACAAGGAGGGUUACCUGAGCGAGUUUCAAUUUGCUCCUCCACCCCACCAAACCCAGGAGCUCGAAGAUAAGGUGGCACAGCUACAUAGGACUCACAAAGGGCAGACGCCAGCUGAGGCCGAAUUGAAUUACUUGGAAAACGCCAAAAAGUUAGCAAUGUAUGGAGUCGAUCUACACGAAGCCAAAGAUUCGGAAGGAGUGGACAUAUUGCUGGGAGUUUGCGCAACUGGACUUUUGGUCUUUAAAGACCGGCUCAGAAUAAACCGGUUCGCUUGGCCCAAGAUACUCAAGAUAUCUUACAAGCGAAAUCAUUUUUAUAUUAAGAUCAGACCUGGAGAGUACGAAGAUGUAGAGAACGUUUUGGGAUUUAAACUCAAAGACCACAACUUGGCUAAGAGACUUUGGAAAACUUGCGUAGAACAUCACACAUUUUUCAGACUCCUAGCUCCUUUCAAUAUCGACAGAACAAUCGGCAACGGAGUAGGUGGGAUGUCGGGAAGAAAUUCUAAAUACUUUUCAUCACUUAGAGGAAGUUCUACGAUAUACCGGGACAAGUCUCGGCCUGGUUCUGGUCUAGGUCAUCACGUGACAGAAGAUCAGCAAAACAAGUUGUAUUCCGCGAAUAAUCAGAAUUACUUUUGGCCCAAGCUAGGCUCCAAGUUCAGGUAUUCUGGAAGGACUCAAUACCAAAGCCGAAAAGCUAGCGGUAGAAUAGACAGACCUAGCCCCCAUUUCGAGAGGAGCAGCUUAAGGGGGACCCUCAGAAGUGUCGACGAACCAAUAAGACCUCCACUAUAUUUUAAUGAUGGGAUUGACAACAAAACAAUAUCAACGUUAACGAGGGAAUUGGACCAGGAACCUGAAUCACAGCUCAAGGAUACUGAAACGGGAAACGAGAGAGACUUUUACAAGCAAGUUUUGGCUGGUGCUUCUAGGCGUAGCUUGGAAUCUAAUCUUGAUAACAUCAAGAAUAGCAUAAAUUCAGAUAUGAAUACUGGACACAACGUAGUUAGGACUCCCCAAGACUCAUUAGAUCCCAGGGAAAAAUAUCUCGAACGCUUUCCGCCGCCUAUCUUCGACAUUCAGCGCGCUCAUAAUGACACUUAUAUGAAUGAUACUAACAAUAGUUAUAAUAAAAAUUACCCUAUCACAUCUACAGAACGAGUUAACAACGUUCCCGUAAAUAAUUCUGAAGCUAAGUUUAAUCAUGACCAUGAUUAUCCUACUAAUCACCAUGAUAAAUAUGCAAAUCACCACAAUGAAUAUUCUACUGAUCACCACGAAGAAUACCCUGCCAAUCACCAUGAUGUAAAUGGUCUUGAUCACUCCAGCCUUCCUCAAAAUAUGCCCAAGAAACACUCAUUUAGCGGAUUUAAUUUUUGGGAAAAGAAGAACCCCAUAACCCAUACAAAAGAGGAUAGGUGUGGCCAAUGCAAACAUAGGAUGUGCCAUCACCAUUUUCAAACCGGGGAAGCUGCUGAUAUUUCGGCUGAUUAUUGUCAAGGUCACGCGGUCGAUACCAUUACAAAGAAUAGUAUCAAUCAAAGCGGUGAAGGGUAUAAUAAGAUGUCCGUCUUUAUGGCCGAGGGUGGCAAUAGAAAAAGGAAGGAUUCCAAGGACAAGUCCAAGAGUGAUAAGAUAAAGUCACCAGAGGUCAAGAAUGUUAAUAAAUCUAAGAGGGUUGAAAAAUCUUCGUCUCUAUCCAAAAAGGAAGCCCGUUCCCCCUCUAGUCAUUCAUCAUUCAUCUCACAUUUGCUGGUGGACAACAAAAAUAUCGAUUACAAAACGGAUAAUUCCGAUAUCACCUUAUUAUUAAAUAAUCAACUGCAGGAUCCUGCAUUUUUAGCUCAACAGCAGCAAAAUUUUAACAAAAAUGAUCCCAUAAUCAUCUGCAAUGAUCGCCAUCAAAAAACAGGCGGUAUCGCUGAGGAAAUGAUCGGUUCCGCUUCUCCAUCGUCCCCUCCUUUGCUGUUGAGUAAGCGGGAUUUUGAAACCGUUCAAAAGUCUCCAGUGUUAAUGUCUAUUCCCAGAGGGGGUACCCAAAAUGGUUCUCCCUUCGACCCUAGACAGGACUCUUUUUCCACAUCACCAAAGAGGAAUGUUCCCAUCCACGUCACCAAUUCACCACAGAAUAAUGUUCUACAACAUGAAGAUGAAUUAUCCCUGAGGAGAGUAGCACAAGGUUCCUCCCCUAACAAUAAUUUACUUACAUCGCCAGCAAAAAAUAGAAAACCAUUUACAUCCCCCCAACAACAACAACCCAUCACGGAUUACGUGCCCAAGUGGGAGGAUAAGCUUCAAAAUAUGCUUUCUUCACCUAAUUUAUCGCAUUUAUCUCAAGCCUCCAGCAACCCUUCCCCUACCAAAAACUUUAAACAACAUGAUCCCCAAAAUACCGAAACUUCCAAAGUUAAUAAAAACACACCUGUUGGUCCCGAAUACCUCGUCGUUGAAAAGGAGGCCUUGGUGGUCCAAACGAUUAAAUACCAAAAACCAGAUCCGAACACUAGUUUAGUCAAUACCACUACUAGUUCUUGUCGGCCCGAAAAAUGUUCUAAGCCUGACAGACACCAUCAUGAACAUGGCAGUAGAGAAAUUUUAAACGUCACUCAUUCUCCAAUUCCGGACGAUAAGCAGCAGCAUCAUCAUCAUCAUCACCACAAGCAUAAACAUGCCACGACCAUCACCAAGCAAGAGCCCAAAAAUAUUGAACCUAAACAACAGAACAUAAAAAGUGGAAUGGACGCAUUCAAAGCCACAUCUAAGAAGGAUAAAGGCCCCACCAAUCAGGGACUAUUUUCUAGAUUGGGCUUUUCUACCAGCGGUCGUAAGGAUAAAAUUGAUACAAAGAACACGAAAGAUGACAGAAAACACUCUUCUAAAGAGGAUUCAAAAAAUCUCUCAAAAAUUCCAUCCUCUAAAAAAGGGAGGAGCAAGAGUUCUUCUCAUAAAUCUAACCUACCAAAAAUUGAAUCUAUUCACGAAACGAGCCCUAAAAAGGAACUUAUAACAACAAACUUUCAACAAGAGAUUCCGGUAACUCCUACGAUUUCUAUAACAGCUCCUAUAAUAGCUAGACGAAGUUCCUACACUUCGGACUCUCCUUCUGUCAAGCUACUCGCGGGAAGCAAAAGUCCACCUCCAACUCCUUCCAGGAAAGCGCCACCCAUUCCUUUGAAGACCCACUCUUUCAUGUCAGGCGGUGUCGAGACCACCGAAAAUUAUGACAACCCCAACUAUAAUAGAGUUGGAUGUAUUGUAGAGGAAUUAAGGGAAGGGAAAGAAGGCGAAAAUUAUUUUUCCUAUUCCCCUAACUUAUCUAAAAAUAGUACAAACGCCUACGGUAUCGACCAAAUACCCUUUUCGUCGCCUCGAAAUUUUUUGCCACAAGAAAAUCCCCCGGUCGUUUCCAAGCGACACAGCUUUCAAAACGCUACAAAUUUGGAAUUUGUCGGGGACGAAAGUUUAAACCCCCUUGAUAUAAUGUCCAAGGAAUCAAAACUUGGGAGUCUUCGGGUUUCUACUUUAAGAAACAAUGGAAAUUUGUUUGAAAGAAAACUGGAGAUAGGCUAUAGGUCAGACGACGAUUACGAUAGUGAUGAUUUCGCAGGACCGGAGUUUGUUGACGAUAUCAGAGUAGCCGACUUACCACCCAUUCAUUACAACGCCGAAAACGAAAAUUUCGCUAACAAAAACGUCGAAUCUGAAAAAGGCGGGAAAUGGGAACCUACUCGUAGUGUAACCACCACCAAGAAAGAACAUCAAGUCAAACAAACUGUUUACAAAACCCAAAAAUUGGUUAUGGGAGGAGAUAAAACGACUCACCCUUACGUCAUAGCCACCGAAAGCUUUAGGGUUGACCCUACUAGGCAAAACAUUACAACUCGUAUACCUUUCAAUCAAGGGCCCCUGGUCAUUCAAGCCCAUCCUAUCAGGACAAACGUUACUUCUACAUCUUCUUUCAUUCCUGUGACGGAUCCCUCAAGGGAAAGACGCUCGAUUUCUAAAGUAAAUGGUUAUAACCCAACGACACAAGACCUCGCGAAUAGCCAUGUUAGGAAUGACGAUUCUUCAGCAUCCGUUAGUUCUAAGAGCAGAACCGUAGAAACAAUCACGCAAAAAACCGUUCAAGAUGGUGUCGUAGAAACUAAAGUUGAGCAGAAAAUCACUAUUCAAAGUGAAGGAAGCCCCUUAGAUCACGAUGAAGCUUUGGCGGAAGCCAUCCAAGAAGCUAUCCAGAUGAAUCCCGGUAUGACAGUUCAGAAGAUUGAAAUAAAGCAAAAAUCCGAACCUAUAUGAAAAGAUCUUUUUCAUUUUUCUGAUUUAUUUUCUUUACCGAGUUAUUCUUAUUGGAUUUAUUAUUUAUACAUAAAAGACAUUUUUUUUUAUUUCUUUUUUGGAAAUAGAAAUUAUAAAAUUGUACAAAAGCAGAAAAAUAUUAUUUGAAAUUUUUUUCUUAAUCAUUGUAAUUUUUAUUCCUUAAUCAAUUUUUUAAGCAAGUUUUUUAUUUAUUAUAAAUAUAAAAAAUUCAAAUAAAUGUAUAAAAAAUUCAAAUUAUAUUCAAAUAAAUGUCAUUUCUUAUAAUAAUUAAAUUCGCAACACCUCCCCCCACCAUUUUUAUAUAUAUAUAAAAUUAUUUUUAUUCCAAUCACGACUAUAUGCUUGUAAAAAAUAUUUUUAAUAUAAUUUUUUUAUUAGAUAUUUUCCUUAAAAAUGCUAAAAAGUUUAGUAAAAAAAACGAAAUAUAUAUUUUUUUACCUUAUAUACAUUGCAUUAUACCUAUAUUUUU